UGAUGACGCAGGAGUCACAUGACGUUUUCUUCAGACGCUGCAACAAAUCCAAAGUCUUUUGCUGCUGUCUCUGUUCUGCUCUUGGUCAACAGAAUUACUAAACUCAUCACACACAGUUACUGUUUAAUAGACAGUCAGACGGGCUUUGCACAUGGAGGCAGAGGGGAUGGAAGAUGAAGGACAAUCGUCCCAGAGUGAACUUCCACACAGUGAAGAUCUCCAGUUCGCUCUGCAGGAAUCACUGUGUCUGGAGAGCUCAGCCCCUGUAGAGAAGGUGUUUGUGGAUAAGAAAGCGGUUGACAAACUCACAGAGGGAUUACUCUCUCACUACCUACCAGAUCUACAGAACUCUAAACGAGCCCUCCAAGAGCUCACACAAAAUCAGCUGAUAUUGUUAGACACACUGGACCAAGAAGUCACCAAGUUCAGAGAAUGUAAUGCCUUACCGGACCUCAAUUCACUGUUUACAGAGGCAAAGGUUUACCACAAUAAACUGGUGAACAUAAGGAAAGAGAUGAUUAUGCUACACGAAAAGACAACUAAACUAAAGAAAAGAGCUUUGAAACUGCAGCAACAGAAGCAGAAGGAGGCGCUGGAGAAGGAGCAGCAACGUGAGAAGGAGCUAGAGAGAGAAAGGCAGCUUAUUGCCAAACCUGCUAAACGAACAUAAGAUCCCCAAGUAUGGUUGGUCUAUUAAAGGUCCAUACAGUUGGUUUUGCAUGUUUUAGCCUAUUUAUUAUAGAUCAGCUAGCCAUAUGUUACAUUACUGCUGACCAUUUUCCAAAGUGCAAGUAUUUUAGAUUUGGUUUGUCUUUGUUUCAGACAGUAUUACUGAAAAGACAGUAAAUGUCUGAUUCAUCUCAUGAUCAUCUUACAGUAUUUCUGCUUUUUUUUCUUGAGAACAUGCUUGACUUUAGAAAUGUGAGUUAUCUGGAAGCUUGACUCCGGUUGUUCUUCACUUGUAUGACGAUGCUUACCCAUCUUCAUAUCUAUACUGCAGUAGGAAAUAAUUUUUAAAUAUGAAAGUGUAAAACAGUAUUUAUUGAAAGAAAUAGGAAAGUGGCUAUCCAUAAUUUAAGAAAAAUCCAUAGAAAAUCUGUAAUAUGCUUUGGAAAAUGGUUCUCUAAUUAGACAGUAUAUGGGAUUCUUAGUAAAUGGGCAAAAACUUACAAAAAUUCCGGUAUGAUCCUUUAUGUCCGACAGUGCCAAGAUCACCACAAACCAAAGACUAAAUCAUCAAAUGCUGGUUCUUCCCAACAUCAACCUCUGUUGACAAACACAAACCUGAACACUUACCUGUGAAUUGAAAAAAUUACUCAAAGAAACUUUUGCAGACAAUGACCAGGAGGAGAAUCACUGCUUUUGCUGUCUUUUGUUAAAGAUAAAGUGUUAAUAUAUGUUGUUGCUAGAGUGCUAAAUGUUAUUGGUAUGUUGUUUAAAUCGGAUAGGUCUGCACUAAACCUACCUGACGGUAUUUCUGCGGUCCAGAUAAUGUUAAUAGAUGAUUAUAUACAGUAUGUACCAAACUUUGCCCACACCAUGCACAGCAUCUGUAAAUUUGUUAACAGACCUUUCAAGAAGCUUCUAUGCACUACUUACGCCUGGAACUCCACUGUUUGUACAAUUAAUAAUAAAAGCAAAACAAACUGGUUUGUAGUAAA